AUGUCGAUUGAAGAGCAAGUCAAGAAACUGGAGGAAGGAAUAACUAUUUUGAACACCAUCCUUGCUAAUCAAGCUCCUAGCCAACAGAGAGAUGCUCGUAGUCAACAACCUGCAAGACACUCAUCAGGUGUAGGUGUGGGUGUGGGUGAUGUAGGCUCAAGCUCAUCUGCUUGUGGUCGUGCUAUCGAUACGCUGAGAUCUGUGAGACAAAGUUUCAGUAGUGAAGCAAGGCUCGAGCAAAGAAAAAUUUUUUCUCCGUACUCUAGACCAUCUACUUCUCUAUCUACUUCCAAAGUAAAAAAAGGACGCACUCAGCCAUGGACUUUAAAACUCUUUUGUCUAAGUGAUACUUGCCAGUGGAAAGCGCCUGCCACUGCUUCUUCAAAGAUUUUGUUGGUAGGAGCUGGACUUGGAGAAAAUUCUGUAACAGUUUCUAACAUCAACACAUGUUCCAUGGAAGAAUUUCGGAGUAUUAUUGUUCGAACCUUUCCCAAGCUAAGUGAUUGCGGUGGUUUUGAAAUGCUCAGGUGUUUACCCAACUCAAAAGACCUAGCACUUGUAGAAGGGAAACUAACACAAUCUGUUAAAACGCUGAAAACCGUUAUUGGGAGUGGAAGGCUCUACCUCCGGCCGAUACAGAAGAAUUUGGAUCUGACAACUGUCGAAGACCUGCAGUGGGAGGCAGAUGAGAUUGAGGAGAAGUGCAUGUUUUGCUGUGAAGCAAUGAAAGUGAGCAAGCUGAGAAAUCAUGUUGAAAGAUGCCGCUAUAAAAGCAGCUUCUCAUCUGAUGAAGAUGUCAAACCAACAAAGGACUCCAUUUUGAUUGACUCAGAUUCCGAUUCUAGGGAGGAGAUCGAGGAUGCCUUACUUAAACAGGCUUUGACAGAGAGCAAGCAACCUGAUACUCAACAUAAAUCUGUGAUGGUCAGCUCUUUCUUGCUUGCUGAAGCUUCUGUCUGAGUAUCGGUUCAAGGAAUAUCAUCAGAUCCCAAUACGACGCACUCAUGUGUUAGUAGAUGCACU